AUGCCACCUUCUUUAUCCGGUGCACAGACCUUGUCACCUGCUGACAGCCUCCCUCCUCUGGGCUCCCCCCUGCCGUCAUCACACUCUUCACCCAACUAUCCUUCCCCAUCAGCAUCUCCAUCCAGGAUCUUGCAACAGCACGUCGCCAAGUGCAAGAGGCACAGGGAGGAGUUAGAUGCAGCUGCUAAGCGCACCAAAAUCGAAGGCUGCACCUUUUGCAGCAGUGGGAAACAUGUUGGCAGAGCACUCACACUGUUUGGUAAUGUGGAGAAAAUCCUAAGAGAUGGGAGGGAAUGUUUUGAAGUGGAGGAUGUUGAGGAAAUCAAUGAAGAUGAGUAA